AUGUCCCACUGUACGAAAGAGGAAACCAGUAUUUCCAAGGAAACCAACAGAAUCAUUUUUCCCGGAACCAGCGAGAACAGUUUGGACCUUCCGGCUACUAUCAACAAGGCCAUGGAGGAGGUCGUUUUACUCAGAGUAUCUUUAAAAUCAGAAGAAGUUUAUCAAAACCCAUCUGCGAGUUCUCCAUCACCCACAAACGUGCCCAAUCAUGAAGAAAGCCCUGAGUCCAUCGCCUUUGAUCAAGUCGCAAAAGAAGGAGAGUCUAGUGCCCUUCAACAAGUCACUGAGAAAGGGAGGAUGGUCGAAGCAGAAAGUGUAGCCGUGGUGAUCCAACCAAGUGAUCUUCCACCGAAGAAGACUGACCCCGGGGUGUUCACACUCCCAAUUUCCAUCAGAAACAUUCGAAUAGAGCACGCAAUGUGCGACCUAGGGGCUUCCAUCAAUAUCAUGCCGUAUUCUAUAUAUGAAAAGCUGGGAGAAACUAAGCUCGUCAAAACCGGUAUGAUGAUACAGCUAGCAGACGGGUCUUGCAUUCACCUAGAGGGAAUUCUGGAAGAUGAAAUCGUCAAGGUCAACAAAUUCAAGUACCCCGCCGAUUUCUUCGUCAUGAAGAUGACAGAGCCAGGAGCGGAGGAGUCUACCGGAGUCCUUUUGGGAAGAGCUGUGAGAAAGCCACAGGACAAUGAGAGCAAACAAUCGGUGGAUACUAUUACGCCUUGGGAGCAAGGGUAUCUAGGAAAUGAGCUCUUCAAAAGACCGCCCACUGAUUCCAUUGAAGAUGAACAACUUAAGAAGGAAGCAGUUGAAUGGUUCGAUGCAACGAUGACUGGGGAAAUGGAUGAUCAAGCCAUUGAAAGGGCAAUUAUGGAUUUCUAUAAGCCGCCACGACCAGCUGAGAUCACUCAACCGGCAAGGGUCGAGAAACCACCUGACCAGGCUGACCCAUUGAGAGGAAUGCUGAAGGAAAAUCCCUCGCCUACAAGGCAACUAUUGUCUAUACCUACAUCGCCAGUUACCCUCAAGAGCCUGUCCAACCAGACGUACCAAAAACCAGUCAACCAAAUCCGCAAGGACAGGGAGGACAAUUGA